AGCAGCUCUCUCUUCACAGCCAAGCAACCAUCCAUCGGUUCCUCAGCAAGUCGGUCGGUCGCUUUACCGAGCUAGAAAGGCACCAGCUGCUAGCUUCGAGCUCUUUGCAAUGGCCUCCGCCAAUGCUCUGCUCCUGCUCUUCUCGGCUGCCUUCUGCUUCCUCGCCCGGCGGGCCGCCGGCGACUAUGGCUCGUGGCAGAGCGCCCACGCCACCUUCUAUGGCGGCGGCGACGCGUCCGGCACAAUGGGCGGCGCGUGCGGCUACGGGAACCUGUACAGCACGGGGUACGGCACGAACACGGCGGCGCUGAGCACGGCGCUGUUCAACGACGGCGCGGCGUGCGGGUCGUGCUACGAGCUCAAGUGCCAGGACGUGAGCAGCUCCUGCCUGCCGGGCAGCAUCACCAUUACCGCCACCAACCUGUGCCCGCCCAACUACGCGCUGCCCAACGACGACGGCGGCUGGUGCAACCCGCCGCGCGCCCACUUCGACAUGGCCGAGCCGGCCUACCUCCAGAUCGGAAUCUACCGCGCCGGCAUCGUGGCCGUCGCCUACAGGAGGGUGCCGUGCGUGAAGAAGGGUGGGAUCAGGUUCACCAUCAACGGGCACUCCUACUUCAACCUGGUGCUGGUGACCAACGUGGCCGGCGCCGGCGACGUGCAGUCCGUGGCCAUCAAGGGGUCCAGCACCGGGUGGCAGGCCAUGGCCCGCAACUGGGGCCAGAACUGGCAGAGCAACGCGGACCUCGACGGCCAGAGCCUCUCCUUCCGGGUCACCCUCAGCGACGGCCGCACCGUCACCAGCAACAACGCCGCCCCCGCCGGCUGGUCCUUCGGCCAGACCUUCGAAGGAGCCCAGUUCUAGCGAGGUCGUCCGUGGACGGAUGGAUUGCAUUGGUUUGGAGCUUGAGCAAGAGAAGGAAACCUCUUCAUUAUAGUAAAGAAGAGGCCUUCGGCUAUUCCGAGGCUGCUGCUGAUCAGCACCCGCUUAGGCCUUCCCUUCUCU